AUGCUCGCUUCCCUCCCCCAAGAACUCCUAGACGAGAUCACCGCUCUCCUCCGACCGGGCGACCUCGCCCGGCUGAUGGCCGUCAACCACCAGCUCUUUCUCCGCAUCGAGCCCCUGGUGUACAGCCUGCCUGAUGCCGCCAACCAGGCCAUGUUCUGGGCCUGCCGCACCGGCCAAGCGCACUUCAUCCAGCGCCUGGUUCUCGUGCACGGCGCCCCUGUGAGCACCGUCCUGGUUCAUGGUGCCCCACUGCUCACCCUGGAUAUUGCCGCUGCACGAGGCCAUCUCGAGGCCUUUCGCCUGCUCCUCAAUCUCGGAGCCCGCGUCGACGUCCCCGGUCAGGCCAAACGGAACCACCGGAUGCUCAUCAAGCACGUUUCCUGUGCCGCCACCAGCCGGGAUCUUCUCCGCUUGUUCUUCGAGGCCGGGCUGGACGCCCAGCUGCGCCCGGCACAUCACCCGUCCUUCAUCCUCGGAAAGCCGCUGAUGUGGUUGGUGCGUACUGCGAGACAGUCUCCACUGGAACAGGUUAGACUGCUUCUGCAACGUGGGGCAGGGGUCUUUGCCAACGAGCCGUACGAGGCUUACCGGCACUACUUUCUCACGCCAUUCACUGCGGCCAUGUACCAGCGGCACUAUGACCCAAUCCCACUGCUAGACCUACUAGUCUCUGCCGGUGUUUCAGUACGGGGACCGGAGAUUGCGGCACCUGUGGCAAGGCCAACCCAUGUUCCCAUCUUUGUUGCGGUGGAGGCCAUGGCCACUACCGGAAAUACAGCUCUCGUUGAGUGGUGCUUGAGGAAUGGAGCCAACAUCAACCAGCAGGUUCCACUCAUCGACCAUGAGAUCGACAAUGUCUACUACUACGGCAACCCCGCGCUAUUCUAUAUCGAGCGCAUCCGGCUCUGGAACUUCACUGGGAAAGUGGCAGCUGGCACAAACAACCUGGACAUAGAGAGCAAGGUCAGCAACCCCUUGCAAGGACUGAUGUAUCUGGUGGAGCGCGGGGCAUUGAUCGACCCAGCACGAGAUGCCCACGACGGAAGACCAAGGACGAGGACACCGACGGAAUACACCAACAAGCCGACUCCUUGGUGCCUCGAGCGACUCCUGCGGAACUGCGGCCUCGACUGCAUCCGAACAACCCCAACGUUUCGCUCGACGGUGGAGUACCUCCUGCGCCGCAGCAUCCACCGUGGCGAUGUAGCUGAACUGCUAGUCCGGUGCGAGUACGCCCUCCGUCCAGGCUACGAGCAAUGGUCUAAAUGGUCUACCCCGACAGGAUACAAAGCGCAGUCCGAGCAGACCAUUGAAUCCUGGCGCGACCUGCUCCAACUCGUGGACAGUCUGCUAGACGAGCAGCGCUCCGAGUCCACCCCAACCCGCCUUCUAGCGGAGUACAUCACAUGCAAGGCCCAGCGCCUCGAUGCACUCCACGAGAUUGGACAUCUGACCAUCGACCAUCUCCUCGCCCACGGAGCCGACAUCAACGCCCCAGCCGGCGAGCCCGACGGGGCAACCCCACUCCACCAACUCUGCCGGGCGUACAAUGCACAUGGACGCACGCGCUCGGCUCUAUGGUAUACCCGCCAGACGACAGUAGACACAGACAUGCAGGAGUUGGUGCGGCAUCUGCUCAGCAAGGGGGCGGAUCCUUUGCGGACAGCGCAGGGUUACACCCCGAGGGAGCUGCUAGUUGCUGAUAUCCGCUCGGAGGGGUGCAGUAGCAGCGAGAGUACGGUCCUUGGCGUCGCAGAGAUAUUCUAG